CCGUCACCUCACCCUGUCGCAAGCUCUUCUGCACAUCUCAAGCUUUGCGCCGUGACACUCGAUCCUGCCCACACUCACCGAGCAAUUGCUGUGCAGCCAUCGCUUGCUUGAUCCCUUUUCUUCCACUCACUCCCCCUCUAGUGCCAACAGGUCGAGUACAGGGCUCCCUGCACGCGACUUCUUCCUAUUCUUUUCACUCAGCCAACCGUCACCGCACCAUCACUAUGGCCGACUACCAGGAGGAGGACCUUUUCGACGAUCUCUACGACGAUGAGCCAGCAUCGAAGCCGACACCGGCAGCAGCCGCACCACUCAAGGCCGAAUCGGAAGUAAAGACAGAGCCUCAAAAUGCCUCGACAUACGAUGCACCGCAAGACGCUGCGCCGUCAUGGCAAGAACCCGCCGCGACGGGAGGUGACACCAACAUGGACGGGCCUGCGUUCAAUAACGGUGGUAACCAGUCAUAUGGCAACGACCAGAACAACGAUAAUGACUACGGUCCUAUCAACGUGAAGGAGGAUGGGUAAGUCUUGUGUUUGUAUUUUCAUGUCCACUCGGGCGCAUCGUAAGGUAGGA